AGCGUCUGUGAUGCUUCCAGGCUUGUGCAGCAGCUCGGGGCCGUGGGCUCUGCAGGACUGAGCCCCGCUUCUGCAGCGUGGCUGGAUCAGAGCCCGCUUCUGCAAGCAGCCUCUGCGCUGUGCGUUGGCUGCAGGGAGAACAGCGGUGCUCAGGGGACCUGAGCGUUUGCAGGGGAACAGCAGCAUGAUAACCUGGAGCUGACGGAGCUGGCCAGUUCGGCGUAACUAACACCCGCGCCGGGGAGCUGCGGGGGGCAGGACUCGUUCCAUUCCAGCACUAUUAAUAUAACGCCUAUUUAUACGUCUAGGUUCCUGCAAACGCCAGAGCAGAGAGCUACAGCUGCAGAGCUAAAAUGGAAUAAAUGUCAGCCUCCAGGCAGACGCUGCCCCUUUUAGCCACCAUGUGGGAAAGGAGACAGUGAAAGGACGGAGAAAGGGGUGAUUUUUCAGACCUCGGCAAGUGGAGCGAGCUGGUCAUGGCGCCCUGAGAACGCAGCCGGCAGGCAGAGCCCGUCAGUAACCUCCCUGCAGCAGGCGAGCCCGUGCUGAGAGGCUGCCGGCAGCGCACAUUCAGCGUCACACGCAGCACCGAGUGAUACCAGCAGAGACGAGCACGGAUUAAAGCUGCUGCUCUACCAUCUGAUAUCAGGUGUGACUCAGGACAAAGCAGCAAAAGCCUGAAAGGAAGUUUUCAGAGUUGCAGGUGCGUUGUCUGCUGGACUGGAAAGAUGAUGGAGAGCGCAGGAGGACCGUAUCUGAACACGGCUGCCGUGACAUCCCCGGUGGGAAUUGCUCGUUUACUGCAGAUGACAUUUGGAUGCACCACGUUCAGCCUGGUAGCCCACCAAGGGGGAUUCAGCGCGGCCUAUGGCACUUUCUGCAUGUUUGUCUGGACCUUCUGUUUCGCCAUCACCGUCUUUAUCAUAGCCUGUGAGUUCACACACCUGCAUAGCUGCCUGCGCAUUUCCUGGGGGAACUUCACCGCUGCCUUCGCCAUGCUGGCCACGCUCAUGUCCGUCACAGCCGCAGUGAUCUACCCGCUCUACUUCGUCCAGCUUGGCUGUUAUCCCAUCGGCUGUGAGGUGAGGGAUUUUCGCAUAGCAGCCAGCGUCUUUGCGGGCCUCCUGUUCGUCGCGUAUGCCGUGGAGGUGUUCUUAACCCGGGCAAAGCCAGGACAAGUCACCAGCUACAUGGCCACGGUCUCUGGCCUCCUGAAAAUCGUGCAGGCCUUCGUGGCCUGCAUCAUCUUCGGGGCGCUGGUGAACGACAGCCAGUAUGGCAAGUACGUGGCAACGCAGUGGUGCGUGGCCGUCUUCAGCUUCUGCUUCGUGAUGACGGUGGUGGUGGUGGCCUUCAGCGUUACCGGUAAGACGGCCACGCUGUGGUUUCCCUUCGAGCGCUCCGUGGUGGUUUACACCUUCGUGGCCGUCCUGCUGUACGUGAGCGCGGCGGUCGUCUGGCCGGUGUUCUGCUUCGACAGCAAGUACGGCUCCCCGCGGCGCCCCGCGCUCUGCGCCAAGGGCAGGUGCCCCUGGGACAGCCAGCUGGUGAUCGCCAUCUUCACCUACGUGAACCUGCUGCUCUACGUCGUGGACCUGGCCUACUCGCAGCGCAUCCGCUUCGUCUCCCACCUGUAAACCCAGUCUGCCGCCGCGGAGCCACCCGAGCUCCGUGAACAAAAGCAACCAGGGACGCAGCAAGAGUGGGGCUGUGGUGAAGGGGGACGUUGACCAGGCGCUCGAGUAAGAAACGCGAACCAAACUUGAAGGUUAAGACUGGACCAACAAACGAACAACCUGCAGUGUGGGGAGGCUGCAGACAAUCCUGGAAAAAUAACCCACCUCCCCGAUCAUUCAACAUCUGCUUCAGCCACCCGGUGCCGAGCAAAGACAUUACGCAGUUCAAAGUGCGCAAAAUGGCCUUUUAUCUCCAGAAGGCAGACAGGCUCGCCACAGUAGCGGGUCUGUAGGCUACUGGAUUACUGAGCCAAAUAUUAAGGAAAGACAUGAAGGAUUUCGAAACUGUUACCAACACUGAACUAUAAUCAAGUGAUUACCGAGGAAGUGGGAAAACUAAAAGCUGCAUCAAGGAACAUCGGUUCUAGGGAUGAAAAAUGAUCCUUCACAGUUUGGGUUAGUUUGUACUAUGUGGUGAGACAUGACAUGCUUGCAAUGUGUGAAUUUCUAGUCAGGAUGUUUCUGAGAAGAACAUCAUAGCUGUAAUAUUAUUUUGAAGAUUAACAGUUCUUCUUCUUCCUCUCCUUCUCCUUCGUCGCUCAGCACAGAGAAAGAAAAUCCUCAAGCAUGUACCUUGGUGGGAAGUAUGGGAUAUUCCUGUUCAGCAAACACUGAGUCGUUACAGAAAUUAAAUUUUGCAAAAUCGGGCUUCUACUGCCAAGAAACAGGCCACAGAAUGGAACCGAACUGCAAAAUAAUCACGUGUCAUUUGAAAUCUUCACUCAAGCAGGACCUGAAGGUAGCCUGGCACGUGCUCUUUCUCAGUUCAUAUGCCACUGUUUCUCUAUACUGAUGUCAAGAUUUUUUUUUUUUUCUGGAAGUUUGAAGUGAAUAUGAGCUCUGGUGGGGAGGAGGGAAGGGGAUGCAAAGAUUAAUUGAUCUCACAGCUCUGUAUAAAAGACCAAACUUGCCAGGAAAAAAGCUUGCAUAUAAUGGUAACCAAUUGAGAGCACCGCCUCAGACCAGAUCAGGUUCUAGUUUUCCCGAGUAUUUUGCGUCACCAACCAGCUGCAUUUCUCUGACCCAUCCCUGACAAAACACCCACUUUGAAGUCCUACAUAGCAUGGCUCAGAUUUCAAGCUUAAUAGGAAAAACUGCUCUUCAUUUCUGAUCCAGCAAGAAACCAAAGCAGUCUGAGUAUUUGUGCAGAAAGCAUGCAGACUGGAUAGGUUUAAUUAAAGUCUAGAAGUAGCUGAUUGUCAGAAGCAAGAUUUAUUUUUUAACCAAUCAAAAAUAAAGCUGAAUGGCAGACUUACUGCAUCUCUAGAGACUUGUAUACUUUCAUCUCGUCCUCCACAGAGCUUGUAUUUCAGCAGACAUAGCCCUUCUGCCAGAAAGCACAGCUCCAUUAUUUUUCAUUUCAUGAAGCCUGAAUGCAGCCCUAAAAAAGUAUAUAGCCAAGACCUCUGACUACCGUUCUUUGUAGCAGAGUCACUCAGGAAAAAGGAAGGAAAUGUAUCUCUCAUCAUGGCUUCCUGUGGGGUUUGAAAAGCAGCGGAAAAAUAUGUUGGGACAGAUGGCUUUAGAUAGUUCUGCUGCAUCUCUAAAAGCUGCUUCUAACCCAGAGAGCGAAUUGUUAGCCCAUGAGACAGGGCAAGAAUCACUAUCUAUAAUAAAAGGAAUGCACAAAACACCCUUCCAAGAGAUCUUUCUCUUCCACAAGUUCCCAUUAAGGGCAGGAAAUUUGGAAGAUAAUGGUCCAGCAAGAGGCUGGCCAGCUUGUUCUAGGGUAGGUAUAAAACUGGGUACUAGAGAGCUUUAUUUCUCACACCCCCAAGCCCAAACAUAUUAAGGGACUGUAUAAAUAAAAAAAUUCUAGGUUUGGAAGAGAAAUUAAUUUGUAUUAGAGUAGGCAUUGUACAAAUAGAGUUGUUGCAUACUAAAGAAACUUUGAACAUUUAUGAUUUAUCCUUUUUUAAACUUGUCAACCUGGAUAAAUUAAGCUGUGUAACACUUUGAAAUUAUUUAUUUUUUUGUUGAGUGUUAAAAAUAAAAUAAGUGACUGUGAA